AUGGAUCCUAAAGAAGAAACCAGACUGUUAAAAAUAUAUGAAGAAUUGGAGCAAGAGGGUUUGUUACUUGAAAAGACGCAAGAGCAAAAUUUGGACGAUAAAGCAAGCGACAUAGAUUCAGUAGAAGCCAGCAUUAUGGCAUCCUCGAGUAGCAAAAGAUCCUUUUACCCCAAGGAUAGUAGUUAUAAGGAAAUCUUACGUACGUGGUAUGACGACGAUGACAACGAUUUCAUAACUUGUGAAAGUGAAGUAUCGCAAACUGAUCAAGAAUACGAGCAGCCUGCAGUAUACAAAGAUAGUUCAGAGAGUAUUCCGAAAAUUCUUCGAGCAAGCGGACAUGCAGCUGAAAAUUACCCAACUACUACAAAAACUCAAACACCUCAAACACAAAAUGCUGCUCCAACUACUUUAACUGAUCCAAUAGAAAAUGAAUACAUCCUACUAAUGGAAAACAUGUCUUUCACGGCUCCUACACUAUCGACUAAACCGGAUAUCCAUAUUUCACCAUCUACUUAUCUUACAGAAAGCACUGAUUUUCAACAAAUUUCCCACGAUCCUUCCUCAAACAAACGAAAUCGUUCUGAAAUUAUAACCUCUCCACAAAAUUAUAUUCCAGUAAAUAACACCUUUCAAGACGCUACAUAA